AUGGCAAACCAACAUAUUUACCAACCCCUUCCGGCAGGGUCGAUGCGUUUGUUAUUAAUCAUGCCGGGUUUCGCUUCCGAAGCCAUUAAUUGUAGUCUCGUCGUGGUCAGCAACGUAGAAGAGGCGCCAAUUUUUGACGCGAUAUCAUAUGUCUGGGGUACUGAACUGUCGGAGGAGCCUAUCAUGUGUAAUGGCCAGAGGAUGACAGUCACCAAGAACUUGAUCGAGGCGAUGAGAUAUCUCCGUCCGCUCCCAAACUGGGAUUCGGUCGUCACUUGGCCAGAAGAUCACCCUCUCCACUCGAGUCGCAAUGUUUGGCGCGGGAUCGCCUCGAAUCGGCAGGAAAAGCGAGAGCGUUCCGACUUUCAACAGGAAAGGCCCAUAUGGAUCGAUGCUCUCUGUAUCAACCAAAACGACAAUUCUGAGAAGUCGCUCCAGGUAAAGGCCAUGAAUAAAAUUUAUGCCAAUGCCCAUACGGUCAAGAUAUGGUUAGGCAAAUUACCAAACACCGCACAUCCAACUAAUCAGCCAACCCCGGAAUUACAACUACUGACAGGAGUACCCGCAUUUCUAAGGCAACGGAGCAGGCCCAUCAGUCAGCGCGGGAAGAUGCCAGUCGUGCUGACGAUGAUUGCACAAGCGUUGAGAAACGUUCAGGCUGGGGAGGGAUACUCUACAGCAUCCAAAUCUGCUGCAGAUACCAUAUAUCGAAACUUAGUACACGGCUUUCCCAACGCGUCGGCUGAAGAUUGGCAGUACCUUCGGGAGUUCUUCGAUAACUUGUGGUUCCAACGCGUUUGGGUCGUGCAGGAAGUCGUCCUUGCUCCACGCGCCAUAGUUAUUUUGGGGGAAUGGGAGGUUCACUGGGCGGCCAUAGGUCAAGCGGCCGCGUGGUUUCAGACCCAUGGGUUUGCGUUGCCCACCAAUGUUGAGUUCAAGGGAGAGUUAGGGGACCUUCUCUCUAUAUCCGAAGUAGCUGCAAUGUGGCACAUGCACAUAAAACCAGGAAAGAGGCAGCCAUUGCUUCAGAUGUUGCGCGACGUUCGAGGGAGGAAAGCAGCCCUCAAAGAAGACAAAGUAUACGCAACCUACAGUUUAGCAGAGGAGACCUCAAAUACGAAGAGGAUUGACACGCUGAUCGAACCUGUCUACGGUAAGCCUAUUGAUGAGGUUUAUCGCAGCGUCAUUCGCUUUCUCCUCAUAGAACACGGUGAGCUUUCGGCCUUAUCUCAUGCUGGUGGAAUCCAAGGUUUAAAAACCACCGCAUGGCCAUCUUGGGUUCCCGACUGGAGCCAGCCAAAGGCAUGCGUGGAGUUAGUUAGCCACAACCAGGAUAACCCACCUUACAAUGCAAGCAAUAAUGAGCAUUUGACAUUUGGAGAUUCGACUGAUCCGGGAUGCCUUUGCGUUAGAGGUACCAGGGUCCCCAGCGGUGGAAUAAGGGAAUACAGUGAUAAGCUUGUCAGCUAUAGAUUCCGACACAAGACGUACAAAGAGGAACGUGAUUUCGUUGGGGCAGCUUGGAGUUUGAUAGCACACUGGGCCGACAAGGCGAAUAACCUAGAAGACAGGAGACCAGAGAUGUACCAGCCGAAGAAUAUACCGUAUACUUUUGUUUCAACGCUCACCGCAGGUCUCAGCGACACGAAAAAGCCGAUCAACGAGGAUCCCGAAUUUCUUGAUGAUGCAGUACAAUGGCUACUCCAGCAGUUUAGGAAGCGAAUACAAAUUUCUGGAAUCAGUCAAAAACGCAAGUGGACUGAUAAUCUUCUUAAGUCUUCUAGCUCGGUCCGGUUCCACGAGGCCUUCACAAGAGUUUGCUUACAUAGACGAUUUUUCAUCACGGAAGGAAAUUUGAUGGGAAUAGGUCCCGAAACGAUGGAAAGGGACGAUAUAGUUGUCGUCCUAUUUGGUGGUAAAGUGCCUUAUGUAAUUCGAGACCUAGGUGAGGACAGAUAUUCUUUCAUCGGAGAGUGUUUUGUCGCUGGUUUGAUGGCUGGGGAGGCCAUUGAACAAUGGAAGGCAAUUGGAACCCCAGCAGCUGAGUUCUUCAACCUUGUAUAG